GGUACGGCCCGGGCCCGGACAGUAACGCGUGGUUUCGAGUUUUGAAGAGACAAAGGCACUCGUGCUUGGAAUAUAAUCGUAGCAGCCAUGGGCGAGAUUUGGCAUUCCGAAGUUACGACGGUAAACCCCACCAGUGGCGAGCGCUUUUGCAGCGUUGAGUUCCUUUACGAAGAAGGAAAUAUUGAUGCUGUGCCACUAUCAUGGACAAAGAGCAGAAGAAUUGGCAAAGUCAAUGGUAAACAAGCAGUUAUGGGAAAAUGCUAUUGGCCACCGAAAAGCAUGGCGCGCAGAGUUCAUGCACUUGCUAAAAAGCAAGUGCAGCCUGACAGGCUCACCUGGGAUCUGUUCGACGUUGCGCUGCUAAAAUACGGCUCUACAUUUGCUGAAUGUACGGCAUCCCUCAAAGAACUGUCAGGCAUAGAAGAAGACUGCAACAACUCAUCGGAUGAUGAUUUAGCUAAAACAAGGAGGGAUAAAUCCAAGCUUAGGAAAAGGCGGUUGUCACGUUCAGACGAAUCGGAGACAGAAGAUGAAUCAAUCUUUAAUGCCUCACAGUUGCUGUCAAAUCAGCCAGAGGGGUCUUCUUCAGGUGAUGGCUCUCCAAACCAACAAUCGGGGAUAGAGUCGGGAAGUUUGAGGAAGUCACCAGAGAAAAGUGGCGGGCUGACAUCGCCCAAAAAGAGCAAGGGAGGCAAAUCGCCAAGCAAGAGCCAGGGAGACUGUACAACAGCGCCGAGGAAAGAGUCCAGGGAAAAGAGUCCAGUUAAGGGCAUUUCCAAAUCACCAGUUAAGGGCAUUUCCAAAUCACCAUCUAAGGGCAUUUUCAAAUCACCAUCUAAGAGCAUUUGGGAAUCACCUUCAGUGCCGUCCAGGGAAUGCACCGGCAAAGGAGCACGUACGCCACUGAAGUUAAGCGCUCCUGUCAGGACACCACAGAAGGAGCAGAGCAAGGGACGGGCAAAGACACCCGUUAAGACCGGGAAAGAGGCUGUGGAUAAACCCAGAACGCCUGGCAAAGCACUCGGGUUCAAGUCACCGACGGCGGACAAUGGAAUUUCCUUUCCGAACAGAGCAAUAUCUUUGUCGCCAUCCAAGCAACCGAGGUUGAAAGACGUGACGUUGCCACAACCUGAAUUUACCUUUUCGCAAAAUGAGCAGGCCAUGACGUCUCGAGAACAUCCGUUUACCUUUUCGCAGAAAAGGCACCUUCCGACCAAGCAGAGUCGUAUGUCGGACUAUGUGGAAAGUAUCUCAGAGAGUGAACUGGCUGAUAUUCAAGAAGACAUAGACCGACUGCGACAGGUGACGUCCCCGGCCUCCACUGUUGGCUCUGCCCGCAUUUUGACUAUGUUUGAGGCCCAAAAACUCAAAUGCUGGUGCAGCAUCGUGAUCCUCGGGAAAUUCUGCGUCCGCUAG